AUGGCGUCAGUGAUAUAUAUUCUAUCUCGUGAAAGCAUUUCGCACAAAACUAAAAUUUCUAUCACGCGCUCGAUUAAUAGCGUGUUCGCCUAGCAAUAAUCGCUAACAGUCAGAUAUGAAAUUCUGCGUGAGAUAUUUUACAAAGAGAAUAUUUUCUUUCGGGAAAAAUCGGCGUCCACAUUGGCUCGAAUCGAGCCUUCGAAAAACUCAUUUUCUCUCUCUCUCUUAUUCAGCGAGAUGAAAGUAAUCAGAAUAUUCUCUCUCUCUCUCUCUCUCUCUCUCGAGAAAAAAAAAAAAAAGAAAAGAAAGGAUUGGUGGUUUCUUCUUUUAAAUUCGGAAUCGUUUGGUUCGCAGGCAUUUAACGAAACAGGUGCUGCGGGAGGGGAAGGGAAUGAUUAUCAACGGCUCCCCGGUGAAAUGGCGGAUAAGGACAAGCACUUUGGUAACGCGGUCGCAAACUCGGUGUGCCGGAGAUCUUCGUGCGCAACGAACGCGGGCGCAACGAGUUACCGCAAUGGUGUCGUUUCCUCCUCCGGAACGGUUGACCUGGGUAUCGUAAAGAAGUUCCGGCGAGGUUUCAAAAAUGUUCAGCUUGGUGGGGGCCCACCUCUCUCUCCGCCAGCUAAUGGAGAAUUAAAUUUGCUUUUUUCCUGUUGGACAACAACGUAUUAUAUAAGGAAGACUUAAUAAGGAAGCUUUACCAGAAGAUUGGCAACUAUUUGGUAGUUAAAAAGAUUAAUGAACAUGGGCCCAAAAAUAAAAGAGGAAACAUACAAAGUUACUUGAUUCAUUUGUAAAGAAUAAUCAAUCAAAGGCAAUACGUAUUAAUUUCAUCAUUGAUGGUGCGAACAAACUUAUUACACAACCUAAUAGAUUGUAAAUUAUUGCAUAGGAAUUUGAACGAAGAUUUGUUAAUUAAUUAAAUUACAAGAACGCACUACUCCUUGUUUGAAAUCUGUCUCUGUUGAAGAUGAACGAGAAGAUGAUCGAUAAACCAUGCAGAUCGUAGAUUAUCGCAGUUGGAAUUUGAUAAGGAUUUGUUAAUUCGUGAAUAAUUCACAUCUCGGAAGUGACGCUGACAGCUACUGAAGCCUGAUCUUUGCUUGGAAUUGAGAUUAAUGAAUUAAGAGAGACCUCGUAAUUAUCUGUAACCAGUUGUUCAAGCUGUAUCACGUUAUCGUUUAACCAUAAUUUAAUAAUUUUCACGCGAGGAAAAUAUUCCCCUGUUCAAACAGAUUAAAAGUUAUCAAAGACACUAAACUAAAAAAUAACGUUAAAAAAGAACGUUGUCAAAUUUUGUUUAACUUUUAAUUAAAUCGACUUUCUGUCGCAUGUUCGUCUCAAAAGGGAUCGAGUUAAUCUGAAUCUGGUAGUGAUCUGAAAACCGUGUUUUUAUGACCAAAAGUCAAUUCUUUUUUUCUGUGAAAUAAGGAAGCUUGAAACUCUGGAAUCCAAAAUAUUUUUCAUUUCUGAUAAUCACGCGAACGAGUGGGACGUUGAGAUUCUGAAAAUCAAAGUGAAGGUAAUUACUGAUUGAAUAAUUAGUAAUCAAAUAAUUAUUAAUUAUUAAGAAAAUAUAAAAUAAUAUAAGAAAAUAAUCACCAACAAGUUCCAAAAGAAACGAAUUGUAUACGGUUUAGUCACUCGUUAUGGUCCGUCAACCAGUUGCCAGCGCAAGAGAUUAAGAGGUUAAACGUCACAUCGUUACAUAUUUUUUGACUUGACAACGUUGAAGCUGACGUCGAGAAUUUUUUAUCCCAAAGUUACAAUAUAUUUUCUCAGUUUUAAAUAUAUUUAAAUAUAACCCAGGCAAAACAAAUAAUAAAUUUAUUCAUUACUUUUUAGUAAUAAUUUCUAUCCAAUGA